GGACCCCGGGGCACCCGGGGACUCUCCCCGCGCCCUGGCCCGCUGCACCCGGGCUCCGGCUUGCGCGUCUGGGGGCGGGGGGUGGAACCCGGACGCGCACGGCAGGGGCUUUGCUAAUUGCCAAGCAGGAAGUGAGCGCCGGGAAGAGCGGCGGAGACAGGGGAGGAGCGGGCGGAGGAGGGGCGCGCGGAGCCGCCGAGGUUCGCUCCCCGCGCGUCCGAAAGGCAGGGCAACCCAGCCCUGCAACCCGGCUCUCCUCCCCUGUCCCGCCGGCCGCCCGGCCCCACUCGGGCGCCCGUCGGCCCCACCCCGUCCCCAUGGCUUCUCCGGAGGACCCUGUGCGCGCGGAUCAUUUGACAAAGGAGCCAGUGGAAGACACAGACCCUAGCACUAUAUCCCUUAAUAUGUCAGACAAAUAUCCCAUUCAAGACACGGGACUCCCUAAAGCAGAGGAGUGUGAUCCAAUUAGUUUGAACUGCCCAACAAAUUCUGAUGUGCAACACCAGGGAGAAGAAAAUGGCUUUCCAGACAGUACUGGAGAUCCCCUUUCAGAUACAAGCAAGGACGCGUCCUGCGCAGAAAACUGUACCUGUUCCUCCUGCUCGCUCCUGGCCCCCACCAUCAGCGACUUGCUCAAUGACCAGGACUUACUAGACGUGAUCAGGAUAAAGCUGGAUCCCUGUCACCCAACAGUCAAAAACUGGAGGAAUUUCGCAAGCAAGUGGGGCAUGCCCUACGAUGAACUGUGUUUCCUGGAGCAGCGGCCCCACAGCCCCACCCUGGAGUUCUUACUCCGGAACAGUCAGAGGACGGUGGGCCAGCUGAUGGAGCUCUGCCGGCUCUACCACAGGGCCGACGUGGAGAAGGUCCUGCGCAGGUGGGUGGACGAAGAAUGGCCCAGGAGGGGGCGUGGAGAGCACCCCAGGAACUUCUAGACCUCGGCUUCUUCUCAUCGGCCUCUUCGGACAUUGAGACGAGCCCAGGUUAAGGAGCAAUGUGAAUCUGUUCUUUUUUAAGUUUAGGCGAAGGACGUGGGACAGCGGACCUUGGUUUUCCCCAAAGCUGGUGGUUUUGUGGAGGGUAGGGUAUGUUUUUGGUGGCGGAUUUUCCUUUAGUUUUGCACAUCUGUUUUUAUUUAAUAUUUGAAUCUGGAGUUGGGAAAAAUAUGUUGUAGGCUCCUAUAGGGACCAGGGCCAAAGCUACAAUCAGAGUGGAUUCAUGCCAUGAUGAAAAUAAAAGUAUCCUCUCCCUUAAAAACUGAA